AUGAUUCGCCAGCUCUUCCACCAGUUUGUCGUCCACGCCGCCGAGACCACGAAAUUGGAAGAGGCCCAACAAGACCCGAAGAAGGGCUCCUACGAGUGGAAAAAGGCCCACCUGACGCCCGAACAACUAGCGAGGACACCCGACAAUGCGCGGUACAGUGGGGUCCCCGCCAUCCCCACCGACAUUGGCUACCACGCGAGCAAGGAUAUUGGCGGAAAGAAAGAGAGCGGUAUCCUGUCGCACCUGACCGGCAACCCGACGGUGCCCAUCGGCAUGGGGCUGACGGUGCUCGCGCUGCUCGGCAUGUUCAAGAAGUCGAUGGCCGGCGACCGGAUGGGCGCCCAGCGUUAUAUGCAGUACCGUAUCAUGGCCCAAUUCUUCACCGUGACAGCACUCGUGGCCGGCGUCACCUUCUUCGCGACGAGCUCUGCCGACGACGACAAGACGAAGAAGGACAAAUUA